AUGGACGGCAAGUUUAACAACCACCCUUUUGGAAACGACCUAGAAAACAAUAUUGACCAGUCGCCGGAAAACAGUGACGCCGACGAAUCACCUCAAUCCCAGGCCGGUUUCUUCACCGAUAGUAAGAUGACCGCCAAAAGACCAGGAGGUUCAAUAAUGAAACGGGUUGUGUCAAUUCCGAUGAAAGACUUGGCCGAAGGAUCACGAUUUAAUAAAGGGGAGAGUGCAGUUCCGUUUGAUUCUUGGGCGUGGAGAAAGUACGGUCAGAAACCCAUCAAGGGCUCCCCUUACCCUAGAGGAUAUUACAGAUGCAGCAGUUCAAAAGGUUGUCCGGCGAAGAAGCAGGUUGAAAGGAGCAACCUUGAUCCCACCAUGCUAAUGAUUACGUAUUCUCGUGAACACAAUCACUCCUAUCCGGCGACCACAAAUAAAAACCACCACCACAACCGCCGCCGCCGCACGACUUCCGCCUCAGUUGACACACAACCAUCACCACCACCAGAAGUACUAGGACUAGAGCAGAGUUUGGGUGAAGAGGAGGAGGAUUUCCGGUGGUUCUCGGACUUGGAGGUGACGACUUCAGCCGACAUGUUGGAGAGUCCGAUGAUGUUGGCAAUUGAUGGAGACCUAGACAUGACGGGAAUGUUGUUCCAGGACGAGGAUUCGUUGUUUGCGGAUCUGGGUGAGCUUCCUGAGUGUUCGGUGGUGUUCCGACGUACCCUGGUCCGAUGAAGGGGAAACCGGGUGAGCUAGCUAGCUAGCUCUGUAUAUUUAUUUCAACAUUGGAGUGCGUAUCAGUAUCAGAUUCAGACACCUACGAAUUCUUUUAUCAUUUUUAAUUUCCAUGUUUGGAUCGGAUAAUGCGGUGAUUAAAUUACUGUAUAGUUUUGUUUAGGGAAUUGAAUAGCCAAUAAGAAAAGAGACAGCCUUUUUGUCUGGAUCUGGAUAUUGUAAUUAGUUUAUCACAAUCAUGGCCGUCCGUUUUUAACGGCUCUGUUUCUGACAUUGCUAAGUU